CCAAACUGGGCGAUAUGGCACAGCUUAGUGGCGACGACGUCCAGCUCUGCGAUGACUUGCGGUUUGCGAUUGCGCAGCUGGAACCAGAUGCACUAGAAGGCAAAAGCACACUGGAAAUCCAGUGCCUCGCAGACGUGUACUCGAUCUUUGGCUACGGCACCGACGAUAUCGUGGACAAACGCGACCAGAUCGUCAUGUUCACCAAGAUCCGCACGGAAAUGAUGGGCGUGUUGCAUCAGAUGACCACGAAAGGUCGCUACGCCCAUGCGAUUGUCUUGCGUGACCGGCUACGCCUCAUCCGCCGGGAGUUUAUCCAUCUCCAGCAAACAUACGAGAAGCGGCGACAAGACGUCGAAGGCGACCACUUCCUGGACGCCAUCGCCCUCGUCCGCACUAAACACGAUGCCAAGUGGGUUCAAAAGCACGCCGACGUGGACAGCAACUGCGACUGGCGCCGGGAGGACUUGGCCAAAACGCACAUGAUCCAGACGCGACAGCUGGAAGACUACCUGGAUCGCAUCCACGAGCCCAUCGUCAAGUUCUCCAAGACACUGCUCGACCUGAAAACAUCCGAGCGCAAUCUGUCCAAGCUACAGCUGUACGAGCAGGCGAAAAAUGUCUACACCCGCGCCGACGCCAUGGAAAAAGUCGAGCGCCUCAAGAACACCCAAGAAUUCCACCGACACAAGCAAAAACAGCGAGAGGACCUACGAGCCAAGCAACACGCAGAGCAGAAACAACUCGAGGAAGCGCUCACGGACAAGCAGUAUGCGACGCUGCGGGCAAAAGACUGGGACACGAAGCGGGAAUCGCAACGUGUGAAGAACCUCAAACGAGACAUGCACCACGCUCACGCGUUGGACCAGCACAAACCGCCCGAAUUCACCACGCACCCCCUCGUGGCCCCCCGCGACCACCUCAAGCAAACGUCCAGCACGUUUGGCGGCCAGCACUUUCUGAGCCUUGUCCGCGGCGAACGCCUGCAAGUGCAGAGUUUGUGCGCGUUGCACGAUGCGGAAGAAGACGCGGUGCCGUCUGGAGCCGUCGUGUAUUCUUGACGUGACGACGACAGCGCUUAAGCGGAUCGAUUGGUCGUGGCUAAUAGUACACACUGUCACAUCCAA